GGUUCUAGCUCAUUGAGCUCGAAAAAGGGGAGUAUAUGAUAAAUAACCUACUGCUCAUGCUCCCUUCUCAAUAAUCGAAUCAAUUGCAUCAAUUCCAAUCCAUCGCCAUAUCUGUGACAUCUCAUCAGAAAGUCUAUCCAAGCUCAAUUAUCUCGUGCAAAUAUCAGUGAACAUGUCAUUUAUUCGUCUUCCGUUACGGACCGCGCUCCAUUCGCGACCAUUUGUUGGGGCGCCUCUGCAAGCUAUCCUUCCAGCAUCUGGGCUACGCUUUUCACACCAAGAUUAUGGUAGUGGAGAGGGAGAUCCUCGCGGUGAGCAGCCUCAGAAACAAGGCCGCAAUCCUUCUGUCGAAAAGGAGCAUCCAGGUCCUCCGCCUCCAGCAGAAGGCCAAGGCUCUGGGAGCGGUUCUGCCAAAGGUCAAAGCUCUGGAAGUUCACAGAAGAGCAGCAGCAGCAGCAGCUCUAAAUCCAAGAAUGAUGCUCAACCCAAGAUCCUUGAGCAUCAUGAACCAGAAGAAGUUAUGAGCAACCCAAGCGAGGAGACGCAAAAACACAACAAGGAAUUCCAGGAGCGCUACGACCGGCCCGCGGAACAUGCCAAAGGCAGCAAUGAAAACGUAUCCAAAAAGUUCUGGUCUGGACACGGCGGCGCACAUGGAGCAUCGUGAGCCUGUUGAGUGCAGAGACGUGAAGCAAUCGGGGAUUUGCCCCUGACGUUCUUGGGACUGAAGCGGACAAUAUGUUUUGAUGCAAGUGAAUAGCAGUGUUACGCUCUUGUCAUGGGCUUUUUAGGGAUGCAGACACGCUUUCUCUUUCCUGCGAUGGUUCUGUUAGUGAUCAUAUUUUUCCUGCUACGACAUUCAAUUGGCAUCU